CUCAGUGUUCUUCUAGUCUUCGGCACCUCCCCACUUGGCUCUUCUCAGUCUCCGACGACUUAGCUAUUUGCAGCAUUUAUGAUGCAGAAUCUCCAUCCCUGAUAGCGACAGAGACUCCGAGGUCAGAUAGAGAGAGGGGAAGGAAUGGCUUCAUUCACGGGUUCGCAUGAAGAUAUGGUACGAUUAGCAUCGAUGGUUCAAAGAACUGAAAUAUUGAGUGAUGAGGAAGACUUCCGAGCAAAUGCUGGAAACCAGGAGGAGGGUCAAAGUUCGAAUUCAGCAAGCACUAGCAGGGAAGGCUCUAAUAGUAUGAUAAUUUUAACUGACGCAGGAUUGCUUGAUUGCCCAAUUUGCAGUGAACCAUUGAAAGUGCCUGUCUACCAGUGUGAUCAAAAUGGGCAUAUAGUUUGCUCCUUGUGCUGCACCAAGAUUAAUAAGAAAUGCCCCUUUUGUACCUGUCCCUUUGGUUCUAAUCGCUGCCGUGCCAUUGAGAAAAUUGUGGAAUUAAAUAUAACUCCAUGCCAGAAUAUCAAGUAUGGCUGCAGUGUUCCUGUGGCCUACAACAAGAAGUAUGAACAUGAGAAGGUAUGUGUAUGUUCCCCUUGUUCAUGCCCUUAUGCAGGCUGCAAUUUUGUGUCUUCAUCCAUGGAGGUAUACCGACACUUCAGUAAUGAUCAUUUGGAUUCGGCAACAAGUUUUCAGUAUGACAACAAUGACGAUGGUUUGAGUUUCCCAAUUACAUUGAAUAUGGAUGACUACUCUCUUGUUGUUCGAGAAAAGGAUAGUGGAACAUUGUUUAUCCUCUACAAUCGAUACGAAGCUCUUGGAAAUGUUAUGUCAGUUAGCUGUUUACAACCUAGCUUCAUGGAUGAUUUCAUCUAUGUUCUUAUUGUUUCUAACAAGGAUAGUUCUCUCAAAUUUCGGUCUGUGACAGAAAGUACUCCAAGCCUGCAGAUGGAUGGCUCUUCUGCGAAAAGCUUUCUUUUAGUCCCACGGGAGUUUUUCGACUCUCGUGGUCAGGUCAAGAUUGAAGUUUUCAUACGGUGCAAAUGGUGAAUGCCUGCAUCCGGUGAUACAGUGCUAAGUUUUAUUUAAGGAAGAACAGAUUCCGUAUGGGUUAUGAGGUUGGUAAUGUCUCAUGCAAAUUUGGAAUGGUUAGAUAUCUGAAAUGUAGUCAGUAAACUCAUGAACGUGCCUCUAUUUCUCUGUUUAUAUGUCAUUGGUUUCUUAUUAUGAUGGUGGCCUUUGAUUUUGGAUGCCCUCGUAUUUUCUCUCAUUUAGCUUCUCGAUUAUUCUGCUUCUGAUCUUGGAAUCCAGAGUGGAAAUGUUUGGCUUUGGCCAAGACCUACAAAAUAUCAUUGUAGGUAUCAAGAAAAGGAGACGCAAAUGAAGAAAUAAAACAGAGGUAUUCAAUAAUACAUUUAUCUUUGAGAAAUUAUGUGUGUGUAUGCCGGUCGAACCUUGCAUGUGGGGUAACUAGACCAGUGGUUCUGUUGUUCUUAGUAUUGGGGUGGUGAGAGAGCAUGCAUAUUGACAAUGUCAUUAUGCAGUGCUUAUGUCCCUCCCUAGCAAUGCAUUUCCGAAUGCUUGCCAUGUUGUACACCGAUUGUAUGUUGUAAAUUUUUGGUGGAAGAGUGUAAUUGAACAUUAUCAUGGUUUCAAUUCUAGUCAUCUGAAAUAAAUUAUGUAAGUUCUUUCUGGAAAUAGAUUCUGGUGUGUGUUCAUAGUAAAAAUCUGCACUUGAAUGACUUGGACAACAA